GCUGCCUGCUCGCCAAGCCCACACGCUCUUUGACAAUAAAUCGAAAUUCGCCGUCACCUCGACUCUUCCCGCAACACACCCGCGACCACACUCGUUUUGCGACACUCUUUUGAACAGCAUCGCGUUGGUCCCACCCUCGAACAACAACCAGUCUCUGAUUCGUCUUCUGAAACUUCGAGACAAUGGACAACAAAGCAGUAAAGUCAUCGGUAAGCAAAAUGUCUUCGCGCAAGGUCUCGCCAACCUUCGUGCGCUCCCUCCAUUUGAUUUCGUUAUUAGCCACAUGUUUGUACUGAGGUAAGAUGGUCGCUGAUACAACGGCCAUCAGCCGUUUUCGAGCAUUCCAGAUGAGCUUGUAGGCGAGUUCGGGGCCACCAUCGGUCCUCUGGAGGACUUCUUCAACUUUCGUGCCGUCAACAAGCGCGUCAGGGAUGCUACCAAGUAUGCCUUGGGCAAGCGCAUGGAUAACCUCACGGUCUACCCAAGGUUUGCGAGCAUGAAAGCUCUACUCGUAGCCCUCGAAGAUGAGGAUGUCGCGAAGUAUGUACGCUCCCUUACAUUGAUGGCCGAAGGCUUGAAGCAGCAUGAGUAUGGCUACGCCUGGGCUUGGGAGGAUUUGCAGAUCUGGGCCGAGUUCAAGUUCACCAACGAGGACGCCGACAUCAUGCGUACCAUCGACGCUGCUCACAGCUUCGAUGUUGUCGAGAACGGCGACUUCAUCAUCUCAGGCCAGUAUCGCGAGAUGCUCACCACCCUUCUGCAGCGUCUCCCCAACAUCACUGCAUUGACGAUCCGCAAGCUCGCUCCCGGUGAACAUAUUCCCGGCUGGGCUGGAAUUGAUCUCUUCAAGCAGCUGUCGUUCUACCACGAGGGCCUCGACACUCGCCACAUCUUCUACGGCGAUUGGCAGUACGACACCUUGCACCGUUGCAUCACUCACUACCUCGAUGAUUUCGGCGAUCACGUCACCGAGCCUCACGCUGGUCCGCAGGCCUCCUUCAUCGACGACUUGAAGGCCGCUGUUGACGCCAACAAGAUCAAGGCGAGUGUCACCUUCCUGCCCGCGAACUGAGACUUCGCCAAGGACAACGUCUGUUCUCACCCAAUACGAGUCUCUCAUGUUGAGUUUCGAACAUGAUCAACGACGAUCCCGAUUUGCAGUUUCUUUUUUUGUUUUUCAGCAACGCACAACUCGGACAAUAAC